CUUUAAAGUUAUCUCUCCAACUUUCUGGCAUGCUGGGUACUGAAAUCAGAGACACUAAGGGAUCCUGAGGGACCUGGGAUACUGAAAGUGAGCAGAAGUGGGCUGUGACAGGUGGCAUAUAUACCCAGGACUCCGGAGGGGGAGGAGACCUAGCCAGGGAAGAGCCCCGAGAGAAAGUAAAGUCACUUGGGAGUGGGAGCUACUUGGGGAUGUUGCUGCUUUGGCUGCUGCUCCUGCUGCCCCUACUGGCCGUGCUGUGGCAGCAGAAGCCCUCCUGGCUGAUCCUCCUCCGACAUCAGGUGGCCUGGCGGGUCCUGGCCUGGGAGGCUGCCUGCCAGCAGCGAAAGCUGCAACAGAGCACACUGCGCGCGGGCCAGAGCCAGCAGCAGGCUCUCCUGUGGUGUCUGAAGAGAGCCCAGAGUCCUUGCUGUCUCCCCCGGGGGAUCACAGACAUGAGCACCUUCCGGAAUCAGCUCCCAUUGACCAAAACCAGCCAAGUCCAGGAGGAAGAAAGCAAAGAGCAGCUCCUGCCCCCUUCCUCACCCCAGUACCAUGGAGAGGCUUCUCUGCAGGCGACCCUGCUGGGUCUAGUCACCCUAAACAAGGUCUACCCAGAAGUGUUGUCUCCAGGAAGUUCUGCCUGUGUUACCCCUACAUCCCCAUGGCUCGGCUCUGUUCCCUGGCUCAGGCAUGCCUUGGGCCGGGUAAGCCCCCUCGGAGCCAAGGACACUCGGACUCUGCUACUGGAGGCACUGAUGUCCUCAGGGCUGAGGGCACUGGAGGCAUGGACUGCAGUGGAGCUCCUGGAUGUCUUUGUGGGCCUGGAGGCAGAUGGCAAAGAACUGGCUGAGGCCAUAGCAUCCGGGAAGCUAGGAACGCCUCUCCCCAGCCGAGCCGCUGAACUACAGGAAGCGCUGGAGCAGGGACCCCGAGGUUUGGCCCUUCGGCUCUGGCCAAAGCUGCAGGUGGUGGUGACCUUGGAUGCAGGAGGCCAGGCAGAAGCUGUGGCUGCCCUUAAGGCCUUGUGGUGCCAAGGGCUAGCCUUCUUCUCUCCUGCUUAUGCCGCCUCUGGAGGGGUGAUGGCCCUAAACCUGUGGCCAGAGCAACCCCAAGGAUCAUAUCUUCUGCCCCCUGGAAUCCCCUUUAUUGAGCUGCUUCCCUUCAAGGAAGGAACCCAAGAGGAGGCAACCUCCACUCUCCUUCUUACUGACGUCCAAAGGAAAGAGGAGUAUGAGCUGGUGCUGACUGAUCACGCCAGCCUGACCAGGUGCCGCCUGGGAGAUGUGGUCCAGGUGGUCGGUGCCUACAAUCAGUGUCCUGUGGUCAGGUUCACCCGCAGGCUGGGACAGACCCUGAGCGUUCGAGGAGAAGUUACUGAUGAGAAUACCUUCUCUGUGGCCCUGGCCCAAGCAGUGGGGCAGUGGCCAGGGGCCAAGCUAUUGGACUAUGCCUGUGUGGAGAGUGGCAUUCUGGACUCCUGUGAUGGUUCUGCCCCGCACUACGAGGUGUUCAUGGAGCUGAGGGGAUUGAGGAAUCUGUCGGAGGAAAAUCGAGACAAGCUUGACCACUGCCUUCAGGAAGUCUCCCCUCACUACAAGUCCCUGCGGCACCGGGGCAGUGUGGGUCCUGUCAAAAUCCAUCUGGUUGGACCAGGGAGCUUCAGAGUCCUCCGAGAAGCCCUAGCAGCCUGCCCCUCCUCCUCCUUCCCUCCUGAAAUGCCUCGGGUCCUCAGGCUCAGUCACCUGGCCCAGCUCCUGUGGAAGAGGGUGAUAUCUUAACCAAGGCAACUGUUGCCAGACUCCCCUUUGCCACCUGGCUCUUCCCUCUGGGGCGUCUCCAGAUGUUGAGUCCUGGACCAGACAUCACAUAUUGGCCCAUCAGAGCCACUGAGCCCUUAGGAGGCCUUAGACGCAUUGGCCAGUUUUAAGGUAGAGGCUUUGGGCGUACAGCGGAACCCAGCAGUGCCUACGACCAUCUCCCUCAGCCUACCCCAUGUGACACUGAUAAGGAGUUCUGAUACACCCUGGUGACUUCCUGUAUCUCAACCUCUCAUGUGCUUGACCAGGGUACAGCAUGGGUGAAAAGUGUAGGUGAUGCUCCCAGAGUGGCUCCUUAAGGAGCAGGAGCAAAUGAACAAAGACCUCGGCAUCACUGUCUCCUGGUCCGAGGUAUCAUCUUGCACAGUCUCCUGAAAGGAGGAGGCUGGCCCACAAGAGUAAACCAGCAUCCAAUACUCUUCCUGCCAGCUCUCCUCCCUUCCCUCUGUCCUUCCCUCCCUUGCCCAUUUUAUCAUUUGGCUCCCUGGAUCCACUCCCAAAUAAAAUUCUUUUUAAAAUAU